AUGACGGAUGUGUGGAUCUAUCUGGACAAAUUGCUGGACCGCAAACUGUUCAAACCCACCCCUGACCAGUCUCGCAUGUCCCUUGCCGGGGUAGAAGGAUUGAAAAUGAAGAAGCUAGUUGGAGCACUUCGAGCACUUUGGAGAAGUUCCAAGGAAUUUGGGUCUGAUGAGAGGAUCACAGACCUCAAGAGUUUCCUCAGAGCAUCACCAUCCCCUCAACGUGGUCCUCCUAGUGAUGAUGAGGGCGCAGGAAGUGAUAGCCCAGGGCCAGAUGAGGCCGCUUCUGACCCUGAGUCCACAUCCGACAAUGACCAUGAUCCCAUUGAGGACGAUGAGCCCUUGCCUGAUCAUGCCGACGCUGACCCCAUUGAAGAUGCUGAGUCCAUGGAGGGUGGGGAUGAUGGUGAGCCAGUUGAUGGUGAUGGAGAGUCGAUUGAUGGUGAAUCGAUUCAUGGUGAUGAGAGCCAAGCCGGCGAAUCUUGCCCUGCUUCUGCUGAGGAGCUUCCCGAAGCAAGCUGUGCCCAUGGUGACCCUCCUGCCCAGGAUGCAGGUGCCAGCCAGGACAGCCUUAUUGCUCCUACUUUGAAGGAGGAGGAAUGGAGAGACAGCCAAGUUUCGUCCGGGUGGUUGGGCAAAGCCUACACCUACUACAACCAGAUGGAAAAGGAGGAGAAGAAGGAGGAAUCUUUGGUCACCCUCUUGGCCGAAAUUCGCCAUGACCUUGAAUCCGAAGCUGGCGCCAGUUUCCAGGAAGAUGAUGUGAUGUGGAAGGGUUAUGAAAAGUGGUGCCGAAGUGCUUUGGAGAAGUAUGGAAACAAUGUCUAUGGCGAGUUGGCUUCUUGGAGCACUUUCAAUUCUUGGGUUCGACGCCAGAAGGCAAAAAAUGAAGUGACGGGAACAAAGGAGCCAGCUGCAGAGGUGCAACUGGUGCCCAAGAAAAGGCCCCUCAACAAGGCCCUGAGCAUGAUGGAUUUGGAUGAGACCAUCGAGGACCACCGGGAUUGCGGCCGCGCACCUCCUUGCAAACGGCCCCGACAUACUGAUCAAGUCCUUCAAGACCUUGCAUCGCCAGACAUUGUUGGGGACCAAACAGCGAAGAAAAUGACAGCUUUGAAGGCCAAAGACAAGGGCGCACAUGACGUGAUGGGUGGAUCUGGGGCUGUCUUGGAGAAGUUCAGGGAGUACAACCUUGACGAGUUGGAAGUACCCCAUAGUGCACGACCCCUUGCCAAUCAAGUGUACAUGGGUCAGCAUGGAUAUACACUUCGCUCACCUCAGGGUGGGGCCACUUGUCUUUCAAACAUUCGAAUUGAACUCCUCAAAUGA